AUGAUUUCUCCGCAUAUACCAGAAGAAAAUGAAUUACAUGUUUUGGAAACGGAAAAUCGCGAAGGAGUUCCUACCGUUUCACCACGACCAGAUAAGCGUGCAUCUAGUAUUAAAAAUCAGACUGUAAAAGCUCCACUAAGUUUACCAUCAACACGUCAACCUCCACCACCACCACCACGACCACUGAUUAAAAAAGAUUCGCAAAGACCAAUAAAAACUCCUCUUGAUCGAUGUGAAGUUAGCACAAUGAUCAAUCAUACAAAAGAAGAGUUACAAAAAUUGGUUAAAGAUUUAAGACAUCAAGAAAGAAAUGAUGAAAAAUUUCACCUAGCAGCAUCUAUGGUUAAAGCAUUUUGUAAGGCUAUUGUAGCUACGCUCCAUGCUGUUCGUCCAAUGGUUAAUUCUUAUUUCGAAACAAAUAAAAAUUCACUUUUCAAUAAUGCUAAUCAACAAAAACCUUCAUUACAAAAGGAACAUAUACAAUGGUCAAAUUCUGGAGAAGGAUUAUGUUCCUCUAAAACAAUUGAACACUCUGACAAAAGAAUCGGUCCAGUAUUUGUUAUUCGCCGUCCAAUACUUUCUACAAAUUUCAUUGGAUUAAUCGGCCAAGCUUUCUAA